AUGGCCGCGCUGAUGCGGGGCAAGGACUCGUCCUGUUGCCUGCUCCUACUGGCCGCGGUGCUGAUGGUGGAGAGCUCACAGCUCGGCAGCUCGCGGGCCAAACUCAACUCCAUCAAGUCCUCUCUGGGCGGGGAGACGCCUGCCCAAGCGGCCAAUCGAUCUGCCGGCAUAUACCAAGGACUGGCUUUCGGCGGCAGUAAGAAGGGCAAAAACCUGGGGCAGGCCUACCCUUGUAGCAGUGAUAAGGAAUGUGAAGUUGGGAGAUACUGCCACAGUCCCCACCAAGGAUCGUCAGCCUGCAUGGUGUGCCGCAGGAAAAAGAAGCGCUGCCAUAGAGACGGCAUGUGUUGCCAUGGCACCCGCUGCAAUAACGGCAUCUGCAUUCCAGUCACUGAGAGCAUCUUAACUCCACAUAUCCCGGCUCUGGAUGGCGCUCGGCACAGAGAUAGAAAUCACGGUCAUUACUCAAACCAUGACUUGGGAUGGCAGAAUCUAGGAAGACCACACUCCAAGAUGUCACACAUAAAAGGGCAUGAAGGAGACCCCUGUCUGCGAUCAACAGACUGCAUUGAAGGGUUUUGCUGUGCCCGUCACUUCUGGACCAAAAUCUGCAAACCAGUGCUCCAUCAGGGGGAGGUCUGCACCAAACAGCGCAAGAAGGGUUCUCAUGGGCUGGAAAUUUUCCAGCGGUGUGACUGUGCAAAGGGCCUGUCUUGCAAAGUUUGGAAAGAUGCCACUUACUCCUCCAAAGCCAGACUCCACGUGUGUCAGAAAAUCUGAUCACCAAUGAGAA